GCUUCCGGUCUGAUGCUUGUCCUGUUAGCUUGAUUGAGCCUCGUCCAUCAGCGGCGCUGGGUACAACGUAGUCCAAGCGGCGAGAAUGAUUUACGCUCACACACUGUUGCGCCCUUCAGGAUACUCAGGAUGAAAAUGGAAACGGCAACUUUCACUCUCUUGUAGAAAAAGUGGCUUUGAGGCUUGUUAUUUUUAUUUAACUCCUGACUGUGCGCAGAGAUAAAAGAAAUUGUCAACUGAAGAGCGGCAAAGAAGUUGGACGUCAUUUGCUGAGGGUGAAUAGUUGUGACCUCAGACGAUGGCCUACACUCUAGGCUCAACCACCGAGGGCCAGACGCGCAGUGUCGGACCUCAGCAUUGCAUCACACGGGUGGAGCUGUCCGUCACUGCAACCAGCCUGCUGGACCGAGAUGUAGCCUCCAAGUCGGACCCUUUCUGUGUUCUCUUCCAUGAAGUGGAUGGAAACUGGGUGGAGCUGGGUCGCACUGAAACUGCUGUAAACAACUUGAAUCCAGUGUUUGGAGUGAAGUUUCAGGUGGACUACCACUUUGAGGAGAUCCAGAAACUUCGCUUUGCCAUGUUUGAUGAAGACAAGUGUGCCACACAGCUCUACGAACACGACUUCUUGGGAGAAUUCAUUUGUACGCUGGGAGUGAUUGUGUCAAAUAAGAAACUUCACAGACCAUUGAUCCUGGCCAAUGGGAAACCAGCUGGCAAAGGAUCCAUCACGAUAACAGCUCAGGAGCUGUCUGACAACAGAAUCAUCACUUUGACCCUGAGUGGGCGUAAACUGGAUAAGAAGGACUUCUUUGGGAAGUCAGACCCCUACCUGGAGUUUCACAAGCAGGGAGAAGAUGGCAAAUGGAUGCUGGUGCACAGGACAGAGGUCAUAAAGAACACUUUAGACCCAGUAUGGAAACCUUUCACUGUGCCUCUCAUUUCUCUGUGCAAUGGAGACGUGGAUAGAAACAUCAAGGUUCUGUGUUAUGACUAUGAUAAUGAUGGAGGCCAUGACUUCAUAGGAGAGUUUCAAACCACGGUUUCCAAGAUGAGUGAGGCCCAGAACUCAGUAGAGGUGGAGUUCGAUUGCAUCAACCCCAAGAAACAGAAGAAGAAGAAGAAUUACAAAAACUCUGGGAUUAUCAUUGUGAAGUCAUGUAAGAUUACGAGGGACUACACUUUUCUGGAUUACAUAUUGGGAGGGUGCCAGCUCAUGUUUACUGUCGGUAUAGACUUCACAGCGUCCAAUGGAAACCCUCGAGAGCCGUCCUCCCUCCAUUACAUCAACCCACUGGGCAGCAAUGAGUAUCUCGCUGCCAUCUUAGCUGUAGGACAAAUCAUACAGGACUAUGAUACCGACAAAAUGUUUCCUGCUCUGGGAUUUGGAGCCCAACUCCCACCAGACUGGAAGGUGUCACACGAAUUUGCAAUCAACUUCAACCCCACCAACCCCUUCUGUUCAGGUGUGGAGGGUAUUGCCCAGGCCUACUCUGCCUGUCUCCCUCACAUUCGUUUCUAUGGCCCGACUAACUUUGCUCCAAUCAUCAGCCAUGUAGCGCGUUUUGCUGCUCAGGCCCUUCAACAGGAGAAAGCAGCGCAGUACUUCACUCUCCUCAUUAUAACAGAUGGCGUCAUCAGCGACAUGGACGAGACACGCCAUGCCAUCGUACAGGCGUCUAAGCUACCCAUGUCCAUUAUUAUCAUCGGUGUGGGCAAUGCAGACUUUGCUGCCAUGGAGUUCCUAGACGGAGAUGCCAGUGUUUUGAGGUCCAACACAGGAGAGGAGGCUGUUCGGGACAUUGUGCAAUUUGUCCCUUUCAGGGAUUUCCGUAACGCACCUAAGGAGACUCUUGCCAAGUCGGUCCUGGCCGAGCUGCCUCAGCAGGUCACCCAGUAUUUUAAACAGCGGAAUCUCCCCCCCAUCAACCCAGCACCGGAGUGAGACACCCCCACCGAAGACGAGAGCUCACACUUUGUACAAUAGCCCAACAAAACCUCUCUUCUCAUCAACGGCAAACAAUACAGAAUGAAAGUGUGUAUAUUAGCUGUGAACAAAAAUGAGUUGUGGACAAAAAAUAAAUAAAAAAUAAAAAAUAAAAUAUUGAAGACAUCCCUGCCAUUAUAUUUGCAAAGUUGUACUGGUUAAAGAAAGUUUGGUCCAGUGUGAAUCCAUCAGAAGUGAUAUUCUCUGCUCUGUUAAAGCUUUCCAGCACACAGGUCUAUGAUGAUAACAUGUAAAGGAUGUGAUGGCAGGUGUCUCCAAGUGAGUUUAUGAAUAUUCAGGUAAAACAUUGGCCGUUUUUAGAGGAAUGAAAAAUAUCUUGAUUCAUCAGGAUGUGGGUUUUUUUCUUUUUGCAUGUGUGUCUUGUGACUUAUACCAUGUGAUACAUACAACUCCUUGGUGUAAAGUCCCUUCUAAAGCUGAACUAUACCAGUGAUUGAAUCCUCUCCUGUUGUCGUACGGAUGAUUUUCAGGUAGCAGAUCAGAUGAAGGCUGCUUUUAUGCUCACAUGAUGUGGACUCGCAGACUGAGCCUGAACAGAACACGAUGUCUUAACCCCUGCUCCAUUUAGAAGUUUUGAUCACCUGUUGUCUGAGAGGCAGGUUUAACGCUCCACUGUGUUUAUUCGAUUCAAGAGGACAGAAUCAGAGAAUGAAGCUGUAGUGGUAGCUGUAGCACAAACACAGGAUAGGUGUGGGAUACUGUGCAAACUCAUUUGGCUGUUAAAUAUGGGGCUUUUGCAAAAUUCUUGUAUUUCUUAUGACUUUGAUUCAUUCUGCAUGUUGCCAAUAUCUACUCACUGUUUACAAAAUGAUACUGAUGAUCAGAAAUGCAUGAUUUUUUUUUUUUUUUUCAGUUUGUAUUUACCAGAUUUUGUAAAUAUUUUAAUGAGAUUAUGUUGAAAGCGAAGGUGUUACAUGGCAAAGAACGAUGUGAGAAGGCUGUUACUGUCAGAGUUUUCAUGAGUGGAAGCAGAUGAGAACUUUCUGAUAUGCAUAUAUAUAUAUAUAUAUAUAUAUAUAUUUGAAUGUAUAUUUAUAUGAUGCUGUUUACGUUCUGAUAAGCCAAUGUUUCUGACAUGUUUUUAAUGUACUUUUUAUGCAGUGCUGAAUUGUGUAAACUGCUACUAUGUGUAUUACUGUGCAUCUUUGUACUAAAUGUGAUAUUCAUUUUAUAAAGUUGUGUCUAUGUCCACACUCAGGUUAAUAAACUGAAGAAAAUGGUGCAUGUUC